AUGGAUGCAGCUGUACGAGAACCGGACAAUGCGCUUCUUGUUCUUGGGAAAGUAGCUCCUCACGUUGCUGUUCUAUUUUACGGCGAAAAUAUGGUGAUGUCUGGGUUAGUAGAUUGCUUUAAGGAGUUGGAAGAAGGGCAUCAUGUGUUGGCAGUGCAUAAGGAAGAGGCGGCAUGGAGAAUUGAAGAAGAAUAUAGAGAACAGUUAGCAGGGUUGACAAGAAAAACAGAGUCCAAAGAGCAGAAAAUGACUGAACAAUGGACUGCAAAGCAUUUGCGCCUUACAAAGUUUCUAGAACAAGUAGGGUGUAGAUCAAGGCGUGCUGAACAAAAUGGAGGAUGA